AUGUCGCAGGGUGCCGGGAGUGGCAGCAGCCUCCUCCUCCUCGCCGGGCUUCUCUUGGUGCUGGGGCCGUCCCCGAUGUCCUCCAUCCACGUGUACACGCAGCGGGAGGUGUACGGCACCGUUGGCUCCCACGUCACCCUCUCCUGCAGCUUCUGGUCCAGCGAGUGGAUCUCCGACGACAUCUCCAUCACGUGGCACUUCCAAGCCGAGGGAUCCCGCGACAGCAUCUCCAUAUUCCACUACGCCAAGGGCCAGCCCUACAUCGAUGACGUGGGCAGCUUCAAGGAGCGGAUGGAGUGGGUGGGCAACCCCCGCCGCAAGGACGGCUCCAUUGUCAUCCACAACCUGGACUACACUGACAACGGCACCUUCACCUGCGACGUCAAGAACCCCCCCGACAUUGUGGGCAAGUCCUCCCAGGUCACGCUUUACGUCUUUGAGAAAGUGCCCACCCGCUACGGUGUCGUGCUGGGCUCCAUCAUCGGCGGGGCUUUGCUGCUGGUGGCUGUGGUGGUGGCCCUCGUCUAUCUCAUCCGCUACUGCUGGCUGCGGCGGCAGGCAGCCCUGCAGCGACGGCUGAGUGCCAUGGAGAAGGGGAAGCUGCAGCGAUCGGCCAAGGACGCAUCCAAGCGCAGCCGGCAGGCACCCGUGCUCUAUGCCAUGCUGGACCACAGCCGCAGCACCAAGGCAGCAAGCGAGAAGAAAGCCAAGGGAGCCCCGGGCGACUCCCGCAAGGAUAAGAAAUAG